CUGUGUGUAAGGUCAGCUGCAGUCUCAAACAACGUGUGAGGUCCUGGUUGGGGCCAAUUCCAGUACAGAUACGAAAUCCUCCGCAGCCCAACGCACGGGCUCUGACGCUUCUUUCUCGCGCGGAGACGAGGGUCUCUGCCGGGCUUUUCGGCUGGUUUGAAAAGAUUCUCCAGACGGGUCUUUAUUGGGCCACAGAGCAGAAACCAUCCGAGGAGAAGCUACACAGAAUAAAGGAUUUGAGCCCCCCAGAGACCACCAAGGCGAGGUCCUCCCGGGUCCAGAGCGUCCCGGAAUUGGGGGCGGGGACUCCUGGAGGCGGAGCACUUCCGGCCAACGCGCGGGCGGUCUCCUCCCGCUCUCAAGGUCCCAGGUGCAUACUCCUUGAGCAGGUCUCAGGAAGAUGGCAACCUUAGAGGAUGUUGAGGAGUCCACUCCUGUCUUGUCACCCAGCAGUCUGUCAUCACCAGGGACACCUGGAGACCAGCACCAUGUGCAUCCUCACGGAUCCCCCUGUUCCAGUCCCGAGGCAGCAGACCUGGACCUUCAAGACAUAGAGGAAGUGGAGGUCAGCAGAGACACCUGGCUUGACUCUGAGUGGGAGCCUAAGAAGACUCCAGCCUCUCUCAGUGCCCACAGUCCUGGAGAUGGCCUGGCCUCAGAUGGAAGGGCUCUGAGGGGCCUCUUGAAGAGCCUCCCCAGCAUGUCUAAGUGUGGGGACAGCUUUGGCGAGGAAUGUACCGUGGAGCAGUCAGCAGGCCUGCCUCCAGGGACCCUGCCCUGCUCUCAGAAAAGGGACACUUGGCACAUGGUGCUCGUGCCACAGGGAGCCCAAGGGACCGAGGACAGCACCAAGAAGGCUGCUGAGCUGGGCAGUAGUUUGGGGCGCAGCUGCCGGCCGGCCGGCCCACGGGGCACCAAGCCACACCGCUGCGAGGCCUGUGGCAAGAGCUUCAAGUACAACUCUCUGCUGCUGAAGCACCAGCGCAUCCACACCGGGGAGAAGCCUUACGCCUGCCGCGAAUGCAGCAAGCGCUUCGGGAGCUGGUGGGGCUUCAUGCAGCACCACCGCAUCCACACCGGGGAGAAGCCCUAUGAGUGCAGCCAGUGCGGCCAGGCCUUCAGCCACAGCUCACACUUCACACAGCACCUGCGCAUCCACAACGGCGAGAAGCCCUACAAGUGCGGUGAGUGUGGCCAUGCCUUCAGCCAGAGCUCCAACCUGGUGCGGCACCAGCGGCUGCACACCGGGGAGAAGCCAUAUGUCUGCAGCCAGUGCGGCAAGGCCUUCAUCUGGAGCUCCGUGCUCAUCGAACACCAGCGCAUUCACACCGGCGAGAAGCCCUACAAGUGCGAAGAUUGCGGCAAGGCCUUCCGAGGUCGGUCACACUUCUUCCGGCACCUACGGACUCACACGGGUGAGAAGCCCUUUGCCUGUGGCACCUGUGGCAAGGCUUUUGGCCAGAGCUCCCAGCUCAUCCAGCACCAGAGGGUGCACUACCAUGAGUAGUGCACAUCCCAAUAAAUAUGUGGGUGAACCUGCUCCUCUUGAUGGGGAUGCUUUACCGGUACAUGGCAGGACAUGUCCUGUGUCCAAGUAUGGUGGCUAAAGAAACUGUUUUGUGCUAGGCAUCCAUCUUGAUACCCACCAGCCAUUUGUCUCUGACUCCAGUCCCUAAAGAUAAGUUCCCAGUAACCCUGACACAGUGACCUCCACCCAAAAGUGCACAGCCGUGACAUCUACGCGUCAUGAUAUGACUAACUGCUCUUUGGCUUCUGUGACCUGCUUAUGCAGACAUGCAAGGACUAUUUGAGUUCUCCUUGGCUACCUAAUCUUGGCAGAGCAGAACGGCUCCUGGCUGGCUUGUGCAGAUACUCAAGGUCUUUUUGUGGGUUUUGCCUUAAGAAUCCUCCCCUCACCCCCUUCACCCAGCAGUCUCUAGUCUAGCUCAGAGAUUGCUGUCCUGCUAGCAGUUUCAAUAAAUAAACCUGUUGUACCUGUGGGACUGAAGUAGCAGACUACUACGAGCAGGCGAGGACAGAAAGGGCAGGCAGCUCCUGGGGCGAGAUGAGGAAAGGCAAGUGGUUAGCCAAGGUUAGAGACAACAGAAGCCAAGCGAGAGACAGCGCAAGCCCCUGAAGGGAUCAGGGAAACCAAGCUCCAGAAGUGAGAAUCUGUGGGGAGGGAGAAUCUGUGUGGUUUGGUUUCCCAUGUCUGCAACAAAACUCCAACACAUGCCAGAAAACACAGAUCCACCAAACAACAUUAAAAAAGUCAGAACGUCCAAGUGGAGACCAGAGAAACACAGACAUGUGGUGGCCAUCUUCACUCAUGUGCUAGAACCAGGGGGACAGGAGGGCAUCUCCCAUUCUGUCCCUGGAGACUGGGUCCAUGAUCACAUCUGAUCUCCCCUAUGUCUCCCCAGAUGUCAGGACUUCCAGAACGGAACAACUCACUAAUGGGUCUGCGUUUCAAAUAUGUGUUGGCUGGCAAUUUUUACAAAUCCUCAGUGGUCACAGUCUGGGGUUCCCCUAGACCUCCAAGUCCACAAUGUACUUGCCCCCAUCUAGGGUCUGUCCUCAACUAGUGACUCUAAUUUGUGACAGGCUUGGUCUCAGGCUUUCCCAGGCCUCACCUGGCCCUGAGUCUGGGGUCUUCCAGGAAUCCUGAAUGAGCCCCCAAAUGUUAUGGAGUUUGGGACACCCUCCCCCCAGGAAAAGACUACAGACCCAAUGCAGAUUAUAAUUAAAAUCUGUAAAAAACAAGCCAAGCGGUGGUGGCACACACCUUUAAAUCCCAGCACUUGGGAGGCAGAGGCAGGCUGGUCUUUGUGAGUUCAAGGUUAGCCUGGUCUACAGAGCUAAUUCCAGGACAGCUAGGGCUGUUACACAGAGAAACCCUGUCUUGAAAAACAAAAUCAAAUCUGUAAAAAACAAAAGCAAGCUGAUGUCAACGUUUUCUGAGUUCCCACAGAAGUCUUGUUUUUACAGUUUUCCUGUGUAACAGCCUCUAGAUUACAGAUACUUAAGUUCUGCAACCUGAUGACUUUAUAAAAAGAUACUUCUGAAGCUGUUUAGGUUGUCUGCUUCCAUCUGCACACACACACACACACACACAAACUGAUUAUAUAGUAAAAUCACGCCCUGUCUACAAUCUCUCACUGGUAACUCCAGAUACGCCUGCUUCAAAUCAUCAGAGCUGGGCAUGUUGAACGUUAGUAUUAAAGGUGUGCAGAGAUGACUUUAAUCCCAGCAUUCGGGAGGCAGAGGCAAGCAGAACUCUGAGUUUGAGGCCAACCUGGUCUCCAGAACCAGUUCCAGGACAGUCAGGGCUACACAGAGAAAUCCUGUCCUGAAAACCAUUACUAUUCCUCAAAAAGGAAGAGAUAAACGACGUCACUGGGCCUUCAUCUGAGCAUCCAGUCGCUCCUCCCUCCUAAUUUAUACAGUAGGCCCUGAGUUGCAUGAAGCCCCAAGGUUUUCUGGGAAAGCCAGGGUGUAUGGGCUAAAAACUAGGAAUAAGGAUGGGGCCCAGCUCUGCAGCAGGGGGAAUGCUGUGGAACACACCAGGCAGAGGUCCAGACACUGCCUAACACCCCUUAAGGAGAAACUUCUUACAAUAAAUGGUAUACUUAUUUGCUACUGUGGUUCCUCAUUUACAUUUUUAUUUAAAUUUUUAAUAAAAGAUUUAUAUAAAAAUUAGGAUGACUAUAUGUAAUUACAGAUGCCUAGCUCUGACUUCUCCUUUUCUUGGUUCUUGUUACCAAGGAAACGUUCCCCCAUUCAAGGUCAUGGAAAGUCAGAGUUCUUGAUAUAAUGCAAACUUUCCCUCAGGAUCUGUAAAGACUUUUGGGCAGGGAAUGUAAAAUUCCAGGCAAAAAAUUACUUAAUGAUUAAGAUUUUCAAAUUUCUAAUAUAUAAAAGUCUACGCAGCUUAACAGAAACUUAGAGGUAUUUGUCUAGCCUUCUAGUCUUUGCUAACUUCAUUAAGCAUUAGCUAUUUGAGUAAAUAGAGUCAUAUAAAAAACUGUGAUAUAAAGAUAAAAAAAGAAAAGUAAGUCUCCCAAUCUCUCUGUGGACUGUAUUUAUGGUUUAAAGUUUUAUUUUGAUUCUAAAGGAUUUUCAAUUAAAUCCUGCUUGUUUUUAUUUUGUGUGCAUUGGUGUUUUGCUGCAUGUGUGUGUGAUGGUGUCCAAUCCGCUGCAACUGGAGUUAGAGACAAUUGUGAGCUCCCAUGUGGGUGCUGGGAAUUGAACCCAGGGCUUCCAGAAGGGCAGUCAAUGCUCUUAACCACUGAGCUAUCUCUCCAGCCCCUCAAUUAAAUCUUUAAGGAUAAAACUAAGCAAGGAUAAAACUAUAAAAUCCUAAUCUUGUAAAAACUGCUAACUUGUAAACUUCUGAAGAUAAUUAAGAAUGCAGGUUAAUGGUCAGCCACCCUCUAAAUGACCAAAUUCUUUAAUGUACCCAGAACUAUGCUUGUAGUCAUGCUAAUUAAAGUAUAAUUCACUUACAGAGACAGCUUUUUAACCUUCUGUGUCAAGGUUAGGCCUAAAGUAACUAAAAAAUAAGUUUGUUUAAAAUCAGGUAACCAAAUAGACCAGAUGAUGGCCUCAAACCCCUCAGAGAUCUGUUAAACAUAGCAUUUAAGAUGUUUAAUAAAGAAAAACUUCCCAUACCAGACAAAAAUGCCAGCUCCUAGAAACAGCCCUAAGGUCUCCUCCAAAGACUGUGGUGGGGCACUGAGGCCUCUGGAUUAUGGGGACACCGACCACUGCACAAAUAAUUGUUCCAUGCCUUGCCGCGCCUCCAGGAUCCUGUUUGAACCAUGCACAAACAGGACGCUGGAGAAUUGACUACCCCACUUUGCCUUGCCAAGGGAGGCCAGUCUCUCAAGUUCCUCAUCCACAGGAAUGUCUCUCAGUCAUCUGAGCCUGGCAGUUUAAAGCUGAUGCUACCCUGUACCAGCACCAGCCAGCUCUCAAAUCACGACACAAAGACUUAUUAUUUCUAAAUGCUCAGCCUAGCAUAGGCAUGUUUCUGGCUAUCUAUUUUAACUUAAAUUAACCUGUUUCUCUUUAUCUACCU